GAGACUCAAAUCGUAAACAAAAUUAUAUAACAUUUUUGUUCAUUUCAUAAUUGAUUUUAUAAUUUGUUAUUAAAUUGUUUUUUAAACAGUGUUUUGAAAUAUAGACUCACUUUUUAGAUACACUUUUAUUAUGACAUUGAAUACGGGCUAAAACUCGUGCGACAACUGAUCCGAUCGAGUGUUGAGUUUUUUUGUUACACACUUUUAGUCCCACUUUUUUACGUAUAUUUUUGACGCAAUAAUUGUUUUGUCGGCAAAUAAUGUCAGCAAUUGAUUGAAUCCAUCACUCGAUUGGACACAAGAAGCGCUGCAAUGCAGCCGAAGACUCACCGCAUGAUAGCGUUGUGCUCGACGGCCAACUUCAUCAAUGCCGCCGACCGUAUAAUUAUGCCGAUGGCUAUCAUAUCGAUGGGCGACCAGUUUAAGUGGUCUCUCUAUUGGCAGGGAUGGGUCUUAAGCGCCUUCGCCUUCGGAUACAUCACUAGUCAGGUCAUCGGAGCGACCGCUGCCUCAAAGUUUGGCGGAAAGACUGUUUUGACGUCCGCUGUAUUCUUGUGGUCAGUCUCGACACUAAUCACACCAUUGGUUGCCUCGAAUUUGAAUUUUCUUAUUAUAUGUCGGGUUGUCUUAGGAUUGGGAGAGGGAUUGGGUUUGCCGACAAUAUUUCAUAUAUUCGCGCAUUCAGUUCCAGUGCCCGAAAGGUCGCGAGCUUUUGGGUAUUUGGUGGGCGCGGGAACUAUAGGCCAGACGGUGGCGGCGCUGAUUUGUCCACACCUUCCGUGGGAGUGGAUGUUCUAUACAUUCGGAACGCUUGGAAUCGUUUGGGUUUUGGUUUGGAUUGUCUUAUAUUCCGAAAUCAAAGACGUCGGCGAAGACGAACUUCCAUUAGUGUAUCCAAAAGUGAACUCAAAGAACGUGCGAUGGACUCAAUUCAUCAGCCAUUGGCCACUUUGGGCCAUAUAUAUCGCACACUUUGCCAUGAAUUGGUCCAAUUAUAUCAUAAUGCAAUGGUUGCCCACAUAUUUGGCCAGAAAUCUCGGCGCUAACAAAGAGAGUAUAAGUCUAACGGCUGUGCCUUAUAUUGUGAACUCUAUGUUAGGAGUCGUGGCCGGACAUAUAGCCGAUGGCUUAAUCGCCAGGAAAUGGACGGUUCUGUCGGUGCGGCGCUUAAUGACUAUAAUUGGUUUGAUUGGACCCGCGAUCUGUUUACUGCUAUUUAGUUCAAUGAAGAGUUUAUUGUUCGCCGUUGUGUUUGUCUCGCUAUCGAUGGCCUUGUGUUCGUUCAAUAGCGCCGGCCAUCUCUCCAAUCACGCAGACAUAGCCCCAAAUCACGCGGGAAUCACUUUUGCCGUUUCCAAUACAUUGGCUACUAUUCCGGGAAUACUUUGCGGUCCAUUGACCGCCCAAUUGGUGACUGAAUCGCACGGCCGUUGGUUCCCAGUGUUUAUAUUGGCGGCCAGUAUUAACUUUGUCGGCGCCGUUAUCUACGCGAGUCAGAGCUCUGCCUCUCAGACCAUCUGAUCCUAUCAUUCAUUCAAUUUUCUAAUUUUUAAAAAUCUAUUCCUUGUUAUCACUGGUUAUACAUUAUAAAAGUGUUUCACAAAUUAAAUUAUUUGUAAAUAAAUUAUUUGUUUAUAAAUUAAUAAAUUUAAAUAAAACCAUUUCAUUAAAAGCUUUAAUCAAGUAUUGGUUUAAAGUUUUUAAAAUAAA